AUGGGAAACUGCAACGACUCAACUGUGGAGGAACUACAAGCUUGCGAGAGUCAUCAGUGGUACAGAAAAUUCAUGACCGAGUGCCCAUCUGGACUUCUCACCUUCUACGAGUUCAAGAAGUUCUUCGGUCUGAGGAAUCUGUCAGAGACAUCAAAUGCCUACGUUAGGACUAUGUUCACAACGUUUGAUAUGAACGACGAUGGUUUCAUUGAUUUCAUGGAAUAUGUGGCCGCAUUGAGCCUGGUGUUAAAGGGAGGAGUGCAGCAGAAGCUCCGCUGGUACUUUAAACUGUACGAUAUAGAUGGGAGUGGCUGCAUCGACCGUGACGAGCUGCUUCUGAUAAUCAAGUCCAUUCGUGCAAUCAAUGGAAUUCCUCAGGAGAUGUCAGCAGAGGACUUUGCCAACAUGGUGUUUGACAAGAUUGACAUCAAUGGAGAUGGUGAGCUGUCUUAUGAAGAGUUCAUGGAGGGCGUACAGAAUGAUGAAACGCUCCUGAAGACCCUAACAGAGAGUUUGGACCUCACACACAUUGUCCAAAAAAUUCAAGGAGAGUUGAAGGCCAACAUGUAGUAUUUCCAAAUUUACAGACCCUGAAAUACACAUUUUUAUGUGACCGUGCCACAGCUGAAUGAGUGAAGAUAUGGGUUCAGGAUAAUCCACAAAUCAUCAUCAGGAUAAAUGGAUACGGACCAGUCUCUGGAUUAUUGUCAAAGUCUGGCACCAACUGAACUGUUUUUGGAUUUUCCAGAGACCAUCAAUGACUUUCCAUCUAUCUCAGAUAUUAAAGUUCCAUUCUAUGACCUGACACAACCUUUAAAAUCAAAGUUUCUAAUGCUUUCAGCAUGCACCUAAUACACAUAUUUAUAAGCUAUUACUGUAACAAUAAUUCACAGUGAAAAAGAUUACAGUCUAUGCUUCUUUAUAAUACAAGGUCAGCUUCAGGUUCUGAUAAAAACAAAAAGAAGCGCAGUAUUUUUCUUAUGAGGACAGGUUAAUGUCACAUUUUGUGCAUCAGUGUGCAUCCUCUAUUGGAGCCCAGCUGAUAUGAAACCUGCAUGAUUUCUGUCCAAUGUCAAGUGCUAUUAUUGCCAUGAGCUUGAUAGCCAUUGCAUGAUGUUUGAAAUUAAAAACAUACUGAACUUUGUAAGUUUAGGAUAAAUCUACUAUCAGUAGCAUUCUGAGGUCCCUCGCUUUAUUGUAGUGUUUUAUACAUGGUAGACUCCCCUGAUAUCUACCUUUAUCUGAGCCACUACAGAAAUGUAGUUACUUUUGUAAAGCCUUCACAGCAAAGCUGUUUUAUACUUUGAAUGAGUUAGAUGUGAUGCACUGCCUACACUGAGGUAGAGUCACUGAACAGUAACUGUAAUACGAAUUUUAAAAUAAAAGAUAACAGUACCUUUAUCAACAUUUCCUCAAAUUUUCUUGCUUUAACCUGCUUCUAGUCUGACUCCAACUUCGUCAGAAUCACACU